AUGGCUGCGUGGAGACUUAGCUUUAUAAAUGAUUGGGAGUCCGUUACAGCAAGCAUCAGAGUGACGAUGAUGGGAGAUAUUGGUUACGUUAGAGCAGUGAGCAGUGUGUGGCCGGGUGCGGAACAAAUGAAACAAAUCAAGAUGAUGUAUGCAGCAACACUACUGACCGACUGUGGAUAUGCCGUGAGCCGUGAGCCGUGA